AUGGAGCUAUAUACAGAUAAUCUUGAGCCGAAGAAAUGGGCAAGUAAUGAAAUAAAUUUUGUUCAAGAAAUGACAACACAUGUAGAAAGCAUGCUGACUGAAUCCAAUAAUAUUGCACAUGACAUUGAGUAUGUCAGUAAUCAGUUGGCAAAAAGAUUUGAUGUGGCCUCGGUGAAUGAAAAUGAAAAGAAACGGAAAGCUAAAAGAGUCAAAGAACAAAAAUCUAAGACAAAGAAGAAGCGAAGCAUUGUAGAAAAGUCCAAAGUGGGAUGUCCAAACACAAUGAGUGACAUGUCUGGUGAUGAUGACAUUGUUAUUGACAUUUUAGAUGACAAUCUAUGA